UUAUUUUUCCCCCAUCCUAAACGACGUCGCUGCAACUCUCCUUCUUCCCUGCAAAUUACUCUUUUCAGACUAAACUAUAAUCAUUAGUCAGUGCUUGAAGAGAGAGAAAAAAUGGCGAGAGCGAUUCGCAACAAGUCCGAGUUAACUCAGUUCGUAACUCGGUUCAAUAAUAUUCUUGGGUUAAAUUCGCGCAAUUAUAGUAGGAGAUGGUUGGAAACCCUAGCAUUUGAAGAAGUAAGAGUUUCUAAUGUAAUCGAAAAGCCGUAUAAUUCUACUGCAUUUGUUAUUCAUGGACUUUUAGGUUCCGGAAGAAAUUGGCGAUCCUUCGCUCGCAAUCUUUCUUCUUAUCUCUCCUCUAAUUCUUCUUCUGAAUGGAGGAUGGUGCUUGUUGAUUUGAGGAACCAUGGAAACUCAGCUGGUGUUCAAGGUCUUCGUCCGCCACAUGACCUGGAUAAUGCUGCGGCCGAUUUGGCGACAUUGGUGAAAUCUCAAGGUUGGGAUUGGCCUGAUGUUGUUAUAGGGCAUUCCUUGGGUGGUAAGGUUGCAUUACAAUUUGCUCAGAGUUGUGCUAGUGGAGAUUAUGGUGAUUCCAUAACGUUGCCGAAACAGCUAUGGGUAUUGGACUCUGUUCCUGGAGUUGUGAGUCCUGAAGACAGUAGUGGAGAAGUGGAACGAGUUUUAGAGACCUUGCAGAGUCUUCCAUCACAAAUUCCUUCCCGAAAGUGGCUUGUGGAACACUUGAUGAAGCUGGGGUUUUCAAAGUCAUUGUCCGAAUGGCUAGGCACUAACCUGAAGAAAUCUAAUGACCAUGAGACAUGGACCUUCAACCUCAAAGGUGCUUUUCAGAUGUUCAAUUCUUACAGGGAGAAGGAUUAUUGGCCUCUUCUAGAGCGCCCUCCGCAAGGAAUGGAGAUAUCCAUAGUUCAAGCAGAGAACAGUGAUCGAUGGGAUCCACAUGUGAUCCAGAGACUUGAAGCGCUUGCCAAGAAGGAAAGAGAUGGAUCUGAGGGGAUCAUAUCUCAUCAUGUUCUCCCUAAAGCAGGGCAUUGGGUUCAUGUAGACAAUCCCAAAGGACUCUUGGAGAUUGUUGCCCCCAGGAUUGGUUCGUUGGGUUAGUGAAGGCGGUUUGGAGGAGAAAAAGUUUUUGGUGUCUUCCAGAACAAUGGAUUCUUAGAGAUUCGGAUUAGAACCAUUGUUGAAUGCUAGCCUUCUAUUAUAGGCUGCAAAGGUGUGUAUGAAACCACAUAACAACAAAACGAAAUUCUAAGGCAUUCAACGUUAUGGAAGAAGCCUAUUGUGUAUUGUUGAUUUGUUAACAAAAUCCAAUAACCCAAGUGAUUCUGGCUUCUGUUGCGUAGUACGCUGUAAACUUGAUUGGAUGAGAAAACUGUUUAAUGAAAGAAACAUGAUACAAGCAAACUAUGUCGAAAUAUUUUUCUUGAAUCAGUAUACUUUGUUAAUAAGGUCUGUGAUUACUUCCUAUAAAGAUUUGAUUUAACAGUACUAUUUGUGAA